UUGCCGGCGCGUGGUGGUGGAUUGCUCCCUGCUUUUUUGUCCAGGCGCAAACUGUUUGGGGAUGCUGCCUAGCAAUUAAACCAAGAAAAAUGAGUACGGAACUUGCCGUGCACCUCGUUUUGUUCUUCACCAAGUGCAAAAUGUCCCUGCUCGACGCUUGUUUGCCCGCUUUGAGACGGCAAUUCUGAUUGUUCUUCCAGCAGCCUCAUCGGCAGACAUAUAAAUAACUCGCCGGGUCUCCUCCCUCCCUCCACUUUUCUUUUUCACCCAUUGUCUAUAGUCGACGUCUCCCCUCUACAAUUUAUCUAUUCCUAGUUUCCGAGCCCUUGUUAUUUUGCAGCUACUAAUUGCCUUUAAACAUCCUCAGCCAUGUUUAAGCUCCCGCGCUACAACAGCCCGAUGACCCAGGUGGUCCUCGUGGGCUUCGUGUGCUUCCUCAACCCAGGCAUGUUCAACGCCCUCAACGGUAUGGGUGGUGGUGGUCAGAUGGACCCGACAACUGGAUCCAACGCCAACACGGCUCUCUACUGCACGUUCAUUGUCUUCGGUAUUAUUGGUGGAUCGAUUGUCAACCUGUUCGGUGUCCGCUGGACGAUCUUUGGCUCUGGUUUCACGUAUGCUCUGUACUCUGGCUCGUAUAUCUACCUCAACCACACUCAGAAGGGCUCGUUCACCAUCGCUGCGGGAGCGCUCCUUGGUGUCGGUGCCGGUAUUCUGUGGGCUGCGCAAGGCAUGAUCAUGGUCUCAUACCCUACUGAGGAGGAGAAGGGCAAGUACAUUGCCAUCUUCUGGAUCAUCUUCAACCUUGGUGGUAUGCUUGGCGGUAUUCUCCCCUUCGCCAUCAACUUCCACAGCGAAAAGAAGUCGCUUGAGGAUGGUGUCUACAUUGCCUUUGUUAUCCUUGAGUGCCUUGGUGCUAUCCUCGGACUUGCCCUGUGUCCGCCUGCGAAUGUCGUGCGUGAUGACGGUUCGUCGGUCGUUCUGGUCAAGUACACCAGCGCCCGUAAGGAGGCUAUUGAGAUCAUCAAGCUGUUCUUGAACCCCACCAUGCUUGCCUUAAUCCCCAUGUGCUUUACCUCCAACUUCUUCUAUGGCUACCAGUUCAACUGUGUCAACGGCGCCAUCUUCAACGUCCGCACACGUGGCUUCAACAACAUCUUCUACUGGGGAUUCCAGAUGGUUGGUUCGUACUUCCUGUCGUUCCUUCUAGAUAAGCAAGAGUGGACCAAGCGCAAGCGUGGCCUCAUCGUCUUUGGUAUUGUCGCCGUGUUCUUCAAUGCCAUCUGGGGAGGAACCCUCAAGCUGCAGCUCCGCUACACCCAUGGCCCUAGUGAUAAUGGAGAUACUGACUAUCCUGGAGGCCAUAUCGAUUUCCUGGAGCAUAGCCGCGCUGCUGGCCCGAUCAUUCUGUACCUCCUGUAUGGUGUCGGUGAUGCCUUGUACCAGAACUUUGCCUACUGGAUCAUUGGUGCUCUUACCAACGACAACCAGAAGCUUUCACGCUACGCCGGCUUCUACAAGGGCAUCCAGUCGCUCGGUGCCACUGUUGCGUGGCAGCUGGACGCCAAGAAGGUCACGUUUAUGCACCAGCUCAUUGGUAACUGGGUCUUGCUCGGCAUCUCGCUCUUCCCGAUGUUCUAUGUCGUUCUUCACCUCAAGGACCACGUCAAUGAUGCUGUCCCUGAUGAUGAUGCUGUCGCCGGCAAGGAGUAUGUCGCCGAUUCGGACGAGAAGGUCUCGGUCUAAGCUGUUACCAUACCUUGAUUUCCAAUAUUUCGCAGUGCUUAUCCUAUUUCCAAAAUCAUAAUAAGAGAAUGAUCACCUUUAUCCUGUC